AUGGCUCCAUGGAACGCCAACUUGGACCGCGCCAGCCGUUGGCGGCCCUGGGGGGGUGGUGGCAGGGCCGGCUGUGGCACCAUGGGGGAAGGAGGCGGUGACGAGGGAGCCCGGGGCAGAGUCCCCUGCAUGACUGGCAUCGGCGGCGCACGACUCGGGCGAAGGGCAGGCGGCGGCCGCGGGGGGUCCACCGGCGACGAGCUGUUGGGCGGGGGCCAGCAGCCGACGAGCUUCGCUGGAAUCCGGCCCCGCGGCGGCCGCGAGGACGGCAGGAUGUUGGGCCACCUGCCCGGAGGGGAAAGGCAUGUCAGCCUCGGCGGGGAGCGCAGCCGCGUCACCGCAGGCGGGCGGCUUGCCUGCGUCUUCCAGGGCAACUCGCCCCCCGCGCGAGGAAGGGGGAGCCGUGGCCUCAGCGCGCACGAUCGGACCGCGCGCCGUGCCCACCACGUCGGGAACCACCAGUAG